AUGUCAGCUCAUCUACCUGACGAGGUGGUUACAUGCCUCCAAAACGCCCGUUUUCUUCACUUGGCGACAUGUGCGGACAAUAUUCCUCAUGUUUCUUUGAUGAAUUACACCUAUCUGCCUACCACACCCUACUGUCAGACACCAAUUAUAAUCAUGACCACCCCGUCAUCGAGCCGUAAAACCCGCAACCUCGAGGCCAACAGACUUGUCUCCCUGCUGGUACAUGAUUGGAUAUCACAUAGACCCCCAACUUUGAACCAAACUGGUCGGUCGCCGUCACCUGCCCGGCCAAGUCCGCGCUCAGGCUCUCUCGCUGAGUUACUUCUUGGCAUGAACACUGCUUCCCUCAGCAGGAUCAGUACCACGAUCAACGGGAUCGCCGAGCUGAUACCUUCGGGAUCUGAUGAGGAAUCUUGGUACAAGGCUCAACACUUGGCGAACAAUACAUUCGAAUCUAGCGAAGAAAGUGCGAAUUCGAAUGCAUCAAUGGGGCUGUGGGGCGGAGGGGGCCUAGGAACUGAAGAAUACGGUCUAAGGGAGGGUGAUGGAGGUACUAAAUGUUAUGUAGAAGGUGAUGAGGUCAGAGUGGUGGUGGUCAAGGUUCGAGAUGGAAGAAUAGCGGAUUGGAAGGGUCAGGUUCGGGACUGGAGACUUUCGACAGAGGCUGCUGCCACCCUCAAUGGGGUAUCAUAG